AUGGCAUCAACAGCUAAUUCAUCAUGGACUACUAUUUCUCAACAAAUAAUAAUCUAUCUGGGUAUUCCUAUGUUCAUUGCUGGUCUGAUUGGUAAUGCAUUAAAUCUCAUUGUUUUUCUCAGUCUUCGUACGUUUCGAGAAAAUUCCUGCGCAUUUUACUUGAUUGUCAUGUCAAUCGUUAGUAUUGGUCAAUUGCUCGCAUCUUUUCUCUCUCGUAUUAUGAUCUCCGGUUUCGGUAUUGAUUGGACUCUUCAAUCCGUAUUCUAUUGUAAAUUCCGAAUAUAUCUCGGUUCAGCAUGCACAUUAAUAACGUUCACUUGUAUCUGUUUGGCAACAGUUGAUCAGUACUUCGCUACUUGUUCCAAUCCUCUUUGGCGAUCAUUUAACAACAUCAAAGUAGCUCAUCGUACAAGCGUUUCGUUCAUCGUCAUUUGGAUGCUCUAUAGCGUUCCAUAUCUGAUUUAUUAUGACCAUGUCCAAUCAUCAGCUACCGGCAAAUUUUCUUGCAUCAGUACCAAUGUAGUAUUUCAGGACUACAACAUCAAAGGUUAUACGCUUGUAUUCAUUGGUUUUCUCCCUAUUUUCAUCGAUGUUUUAUUCGCUUUAUUGGCGUAUCACAACGUAAGAAACUUAUCUUAUCGAAUGGUACCUCUGGUGCGACGUGAAUUAGACAAGCAAAUGACAACAAUAGUGCUGAUGCAAGCCAUUUGCAUCGUUUUCGUUUCGAUUCCUUAUCUCAUUGUUAACAUACUCAGCUUAGACAACAACAUAAGGCAGAAUCCGUCCGCUAGUGAAAUAUUGCAAUUCGCCACUACUUUGGCUCUUUGCAUAUAUUACUUGAAUUUUUCAAGUCAAUUUUACGUAUACACCUGCGUCUCGAGUCGAUUUCGCCAACAGCUAAUUCAUGUGACUUCAACAAUCUACAGAAAUCACUGGCAAAGAAACAUGGUCUUGGUUAAUCAGGUCGCUCCACAGCCUCUAAGCACAUAG